AUGGCUGCAGCCAUUGUACUGGCCUAUGCUUGUACAAUAGCAGUAUACCGACUAUUCUUCCACCCUUUGGCCAAAUAUCCUGGUCCUAAGUUGGCAGCAAUUACAAAUUGGUAUCCUUCCUUCUAUGCCUAUAGAGGAGAUUACCAUUUAAAAAAUCGUGCCUGGCAUGAUCAAUAUGGUGACAUCGUUAGGGCUGGCCCAAAUACUUUAUGGUUCAACACACGGGAUGCACUUAAUGACAUCUAUGGAAUUCGGGCCAAUGUUCGCAAAGUCGAUGCAUGGGCUGCUUACAGCGCCAGCCGACGAAGUCCGAACGUCUUGAGUGCCAUCGACAAGAAUGUGCACUCUUUCAAGCGACGAACUCUUGCUGCUGUUUUUUCACAGCGUGGUAUGAAUGAGAUUGAAAGCCGGAUUCUCGAGCAUGUCGAAAAGUUUACUGAUCUGCUGGGCACAAAGGACGACAGUCCUUCUUUCCUGGAUGCCAGUGGUUGGAGGUCUCCAAAGCUCAUGACGCAAGUUUGCGACUGGCUUUCAUUCGACAUUAUUGGAGAUAUCACCUACGGAAAAAGUUUUGAUAUGCUUCGUUCACCUGAUCUCAGAUGGGUGCCAUCUGUUUAUUCAAAAAUGUCCCAUCGAGGAAUGGCGUGUCUCGCUCAACCAAAAGUGUGGCAAUACAAAGUCGAUCGCAUAUUUCUUGCCCCGAUGUACAAGGAUAUCGUUUCAGCCGGUACGUGGGUGUAUGAACGCGCCAAGGCCCGCGUAGGGAUGGGAGACAACGUCGAAACCAAUGAUGCGUUUUCAAUCAUGAUGAACGCCAAAGACGAGAAGCGAGGCCUAGAGUACUCCCUGAAAGAUCUCUGGACAGAGUCAAUGCUAUUAUUAGCAGCCGGCAUGUUCCCAGGAACCGACACAACCUCCGCGACAAUGAGCGCACUUUUCUUCUACCUCGUCCAUGACCGAAAUGCCCUAGAACGACUCGCAGCCGAAGUCCGCGCCGCCUUUUCCAGUGAGGACGAGAUUCGCCCAGGGCCGGAGUUAAACUCCUGCACAUUUUUACAAGCUUGUAUUAAUGAGACCAUGAGACUUAUUCCUGCCGUUCCUAACGGCUCACCGCGAUGUGUUCUCCCUGGUGGCUUGAAGGUAGGCGACGAGAUUAUCCCAGAGGGGACGACCGUCGCUACCUCCCUAUACGUGUUGAUGCGCCGAAGCGACUACUUUCACAACCCAGAUGAAUUCCGUCCUUGGCGAUUUGUUGUUGAUCCUGCUGCUGGCGUGGAUGAAGAGAGCGUCCAAGCAGCGCAUCAAGCAUUCGUUCCAUUCGGAAUCGGACCCCGAUCCUGUGUGGGAUGGAAACUGGGUUGGACAGAGCUAAAUUUGGCGCUUGCCAGAACUCUAUUUCUAUACGAUAUGCGCCUUGCUCCCGGGGCGCGAUGCUGUGCGACCAACAGAUCUGCGAAGAAUUGCGAGUACCAUUUCAAGGGAUGGUCGAUCGCUUAUCCUUCGCAGGGGGCGUCUGUACAGUUCAAAAAACGGCAGUGA